ACCUCAAACGUUUGUUUGUGGACCGCCAUUAUACGCAUAGAAGUAGGGUUGAUAUACGUUAUCGUGUGUCGUCGUCCUAGUAGCAGUGAGGCUCUGAGUUGACAUAAAGAUGGUGAAAAUCUUUAUUGGAAACCUCCCUAACGAGGUUGAAAAGGAUGAGAUCGAGGCUCUGUUUACUCAACAUGGCACAGUGACAGAAUGUGCAAAGUUCAAAAACUAUGCCUUUGUCCACAUGGAUGACCGCAAGUCUGCCACCAAAGCCAUCCGCAGCCUGCACCUCUUCAAGCUUCAUGGCAGGCCAAUCAAUGUGGAGCCGAGCAGGGGGAAGAAUCAGGGUCCAGUGAAACUUCACGUGGCCAAUGUGGAGAAAGGCAGCGACGAUGAGCUCCGCACUCUGUUUGAGGAGUAUGGAACAGUGACAGAAUGCGCCAUCAUAAAAAAUUUCGCAUUCAUCCACAUGUCCAACUCAGAUGAGGCCAAGGAUGCCAUAAAAGGAUUAGACAACACCGACUUCCAAGGCAAACGGAUUCACGUUCAGAUGUCAAAAAGCCGUCCCAGGGGGGAGGAAGAGGAUUACGGCCCCCCACCAGAUAGGGGUGGAUACUGGCCUCCACCCCGUGGCUACCCCGGGGACAGGGGGCUGCCUGAGCCCCCUCAUUACAGAGGUCGCAUGUCAGGGGGAUACCCCGGCCCCCCUCCACCACCACCUCCCCCUAGACGAGCCCCUUACCCCCCAGAGCGUUCUUAUGAGCGCGAGAGAGAAAGCUAUGGGGUGGUGGAUUACUAUGAGAAGUACAGAGCUCGGCCUGCCCCUUACGGUGGCCUUUCAGGCUAUGGAGAUGAAAGGCGCGUUGGCUCCAUACCCCCUCCACCACCCCCUUCUGUCAUGGUUAGGGAGCGCCUUACGGCCUCCUCCCUCAACCCGUACGAGCGUCGCCCCCUCCCCCCUCCGUCCUCCUACUAUGCCCGUGAUCGCAGUCCCAUCAGAAGACCCCCUCCUCCCCCCAUGCCCCCCGCGGGUAACGGCUACUCCUAUGAGCGCUCUCGGCUCUCUCCUCUGUCCAGGCCAGCGAUGUACAACCUACCACGUACCAGAGACCCCUAUGCUGACAGGGUGCCUCUGCCGCCUCCUGCCCGCUACUCUUACUGAACCCACACUGGUGCUUGACUCAAGGUUGUUAGAACCAUGAUCUGUGGAUAGGUGUUGUGGACACAAUCUAGGAGAUGGCCGUGCUGUCUUAUGCUGUGUCCUACAAUGAGGACAUGUGGAGGUAAUGUUAAAUUAAGGUCAUUUAUACAGAAGUAUGAUUUAUCAUACUUUAAAGACGCUACACAGGAUUCUGGCAUUGUAAUUUCAGAAUUUCCAUAAUAUCUGCAGUAAUAGUGGAAUGUUUCACUAUUACUUACCCGCCAGUGUUGUGAUUGGCUGUGCUAUUCGCCUAUUGAUUUCUCCAGCUGAAGCGGCAUCUGUUGUCAAAAUGGGAAAGCUGUUCUGACUUUGGCAGUUUACCUAGUGGAAAUCGCUCUGUCAUUUGAUGGUUGCUAAAAUUCUACACGUCGCUCAAUUUCGGUUUAUGUGAGAAAACAAGCACUGAAUAGUUAAGCGAAUCAUUGUACCAUCUAAAUUGCUGUGAAAUAUAUUUUCAGAAACAAAUGUAGUUUUGUUUGAAGCUGGUCUACCAGCUUCAAACAGCUGUAAAAACUAUAACUUUUUGUUAUUGAAAAUAUAUUUCACAGCCAUUUUAGAUGGUACAAGUCAAACAGCUUUCCCAUUUUGACAACUGAUGCCGCUCCGGCAGGAGAAAUCGAUAGGCGAAUGUCACAGCCAAUCCUAACACUAGCGGGUAAGUAAUACUCUGAAACACUAUCAUUUCACUAUUAGCGCCAGAUAUAUUAUGGACAUUUUCUGAAAUUACAAUGCAAAAAUUUAAAACAACUAAUCCUAUGUUUAUCACCUUUUAGCACCAUUGGAUGACAUACUUUUCCCAUGCUUAGUAUCUUUUGAAUCCUUUUGUAUCCAACUGAUCCCCAUCUUAUUGCUCCCAUCCCCCACGUCUAGGCCUCUUAUGUUCUUUCCUUGCACAAGAGGUUGGUAUGGAAGUGGAAUUCUGCUAGAGAAGUAUUGCGUUUAUUAUUUUAGCAGAAUAGGGAAACCAUGUAGGUGCCAGUAAUGAAAUGAGAAAUGUUGGAAUAAGUGUAAUGUCGUUCAUACUAAAUAUAUAAUUUAUUUUUGUAAUUGAAUGGAUGACAGACUUUCCCAAUGCUUAGCAUGUCCUUUUUAAUUAUACUUGCCUUCUAUUCAACUUAUCUUCAUCCUAUUUCUCCCAUCUCUUCCCCUCUAGGCCACUGUCUUCUUUCCAGAGGUUGGUACAGAAGUGGACUUCUGCUCCUCUUGAUAUCCUGACACUUCUCUCCAGGGUUAUGGGUGCCACCGCUGCCAGAUCAGUCCUUAUGCAGGAGCUGCAAUGGCCCAUCAUGGUCAGACAUCUCUGUGCCAUUUUGUGUGUCUUAGGUUUUAUAUUUCAAUGGGAAAAAGUGAGCAUUUUUUUGAAAGAAGUAUGUCUUCUUUCUUCAGGAAGGACUUGGGCAGGCCCAGCUUGAAGAAAGAAGACUGUCUGACUGCUGCAUAGUCAUUUGCAUUACUCUUCUUGAGUUGAGUGGCAUCAGCGAACUGUCUUCCUCAAUGCUCAUCAUUUCUAUGUACUGUCACCAUUAAAAAAACAUGUCAUAAA